AUGGAGGCAGAUGUAAUAGCAGAUCUUCAGCGCAAACUCAAAGAGACUGAACAAGAGCGGCUGAAAGCGGCACAGUAUGGUUUACAGCUAGUGGAGAGCCAGAAUGAAUUGCAGAAUCAACUGGAUAAAUGCCGUAAUGAAAUGACGGCCCUGGCUGAGAGCUAUGAACAAGAAAAAUACACUCUUCAAAGAGAAGUUGAGCUCAAGAGUCGAAUGUUAGAAAGUUUGAGCUCUGAAUGUGAAGCUGUUAAACAACAACAGAAAAUGCAUCUGGAGAAAUUAGAAGAAACACUGAGCAGAAGCCACGGGCAGGAAGUGAAUGAACUAAAAAAAAAGUUAGAAACACUGAAAGCUGAGUUAGAUGAAGCUCGGCUAAGUGAAAAGCAGCUGAAGCACAAAGUGGAUCAUCAGCAGGAACUCCUUUCUAGUAAAUCAAAGGAAAUGCAAAUAAUGUCUGAACGUGUACAUGAAAGUAUGUCUUCAGAGAUGCUGGCGCUUCAAAUUGAGCUGACUGAAAUGGAAAAUGUGAAGACCACCCUCCAAGAAGAAGUGAAUGAACUGCAGUACAGACAAGAACAACUCGAACUUCUUAAUGCUAAUUUAAUGCGCCAGGUAGACCGGCUUAAAGGAGAGAAAGAAGAGCGAGAGAAAGAAGCAGUUUCUUACUAUAAUGCCUUAGAGAAAGCUCGUGUAGAGAAACAGGACCUUCAGGUGCAGCUAGACCAAGCCCUCCAGCAAGCCUUGGACCCUAACAGUAAAGGCAGCUCUUUGUUUGCAGAGGUCGAGGAUCGAAGGGCAGCAAUGGAACGUCAGCUUAUCAGCAUGAAAGUCAAGUAUCAGUCACUAAAGAAGCAAAAUGCAUUUAAUAGAGAAUGGAUGCAAAGAAUGAAGUUACAGAUCGCUACAUUGCUACAAAUGAAAGGGUCUCAAGCUGAAUUUGAACAGCAGGAACGGUUGCUUGCCAUGUUGGAGCAGAAGAAUGGUGAAAUUAAACAUCUCUUAGGUGAAAUUAGGAAUCUGGAGAAAUUUAAGAGUUUAUAUGAAAGUAUGGAAUCUAAGCCUUCAGCCAACUCUGUUCCUUUGGAAGAUGUCACCUAUUACACAGAUUUACUUCAAAUAAAGCUUGACAACUUAAACAAAGAAAAUGAAAACACUAAAGGUGAAUUGUCCAUCCAGCGAAUGAAAGCAUUACUUGAGAGCCAGCGGGCUCUGGAUAUUGAGCGGAAACUUUUUUUAAAUGAAAGGUGCCUCCAGCUUUCCCAAAGUGAAAAUAUGAAACUGAGAGCUAAAUUAGAUGAGCUGAAACUGAAGUAUGAACCUGAAGAGAAAAUUGAAGUGCCUGUACUCAAAAAGAGACGUGAAGUCCUGCCUGUGGAUGUAACCGCCCCUGAUGCUGUAUGCACUACCAGUGCUGCUGGGGAAGAAGUUCAUAGAUUAUCACCACAGAAGGAGGAGGCACAAGCCGAUUCUGAUGGUUUGGGAGAUAACUUGCAGCUAGAAAAGACAGUUUCUGUGAGCACCUCAGGAGUCAUUCUCUCUCCUUACAAAAAUCUGCCCAUGGAUAUUCAGCCAAGAAAGGAAAAGAAGUGUGUGAAACUUACAGGAGUUCCCGCUGACUCGGAAGCCUUAAGUGAAAGAAGUGGAAACACCCCUAACUCUCCCAGGUUAGCUGCUGAAUCAAGGCUUCAAACAGAAGUUAAACAAGAAACUGCAAGCAAACUGGAAAAAGCAGCUUAUAAGAAAUCACACCCUAUUGUAUAUGUAUCCUCCAAGUCAACUCCAGAGACCCAGUGCCCUCAGCAGUAA